AUGGAAGUGUUAAGAAGACAUUUGCAAUCAAAGGAGGAAAGGAAAAAGAGAAAGAGGCAAAAGAAACUUGAUAAAGAGAUAGCAGUAUUGAAGCAAGAAGUGAGAAGAUGGAACUUGGAAUUUGAAGAGAUGAAAAAAGGACUUGAGGCUUUAGAAGAAGAUUUUGAAGAUGCAAAAGAAGACUUCAAGGAUGAAUAUUUUAAGGAAGAAGUAAGUUGUCCAUUGGAAGGGCAAGAGUGCAAGGUGCAACAACAAGAAGAUGAGGAACCUAGUGAUGAAAAGGUUAAAGAUGUUGAAACAAAGAUGGAAGACAAAGAUGUUGAUGAGGAAAGAAAGGAUUCAAUUCUUGAAGGGCUUUAG